AUGUCUGCCGCCAUGUCGCCCGAAGCUACCGAGGAGCGCAAGCAGCGUGCUCCGGCUGCCACCGAAGAGACUCGCCGUCUCCUCGGCCCGGCGCUCAGCGGCAAACAUGCCGAUCUCACCGAGCACCUCCGCAAAAGGCAGGUCGCCGAUCUCGCCAAGAUCUCGGAGAGCGGCCCCGGCAUCCUCGGCUGGUUCCGCACCACUCUGUCGGACCUCUACACCUACCUCUUUGUGUGGUUCCCUCGAACCUGGUGGAUCACGCUCACCAGCUUGCCUGGCUACCUGCUCGACCCUCUGGGUCUCGGCACCACCCUCAUCUUCGCUUUCGGAACCACGAUCAUCCUACUUAUCGGACUCACGAUCAGCGCCAUUUGGAGGCUCCCCAUUGUGCAGGCGUACUGGCGACCGUACUCGAACAAAAAGGACAUCGGUCUACCCAACAUGUUCUAUCCUCUCAUCUUCGAGUUUGGCGCCGAUCCCCAGAACAAGCUCAUCCGCGAUGCAGCCUUCACAGUCAUGUCCGAACCCACCGGAACGUACGCUCAGCCCUCGACCGACCAGCAGCGCUCCUUUGACCUGGAGAUCUGCAAGAUCCUCAUGAUGCUCUCGGCGCUGGUGUACGAGCGUGACGUGGGAGCCUACCACGAAGCUGCCGUGGCGGCGCACAAGGCCAAGAAGCUGAAGAAGAGCCUUCUCAUGGGCAGCGACACGCUCACCGACGCCGGCAAGGACGCCUACAAGAAGCUCGCUUCGGCCGACCGCAAGAUCAUCAAGGUGGCCAAAGAGUGGGGACUCAACUACGUCAGCGUUUCCGAGCUGGCCACCAACACGUCGCCUCUGUGCGGAGCGUUCUGGAACCCGGACUACAACUUUCUGAUCCUGGUCUUCAAGGGCACCAACCCGGUCGAGUUCAAGGAGUGGGCGAUCGACAUGACGUUUGACUACGUCGACGGCCGCGGCUGGCUGCCCGGAUACACCAAGGCACACGCGGGCUUCUACAACCAGCUCUUCCCGCAGUCGCUCAACAAGAAGACGGGCGCCUUCCCCUACUCGCAGAUCCGCGCGUCUGUCGCGGACAUUGUUCGUCAGAUCCGCGCCACGACGGGCAAGGACCACGUCAACAUGUACGUCACCGGCCACAGUCUGGGAGCUGCUCUGGCCUGCGUCUUCUACUCACGUGCCAUUGCCCGGCCCAGGGACUUUGGUCUCAACGAGCAGGGAACCAACCAGGUGUAUGUCCGCGACGCCUACACGUUUGGCACGCCCAUUGUCGGCGACCCGGACUGCAUCUCGGCCUUCAAUCAGGCCUGCCACGACCGCGAUCUCGACCACCCGCAGGCGCUGUGGCGCGUCACGAGCCGCCGCGACUCGAUUGCGACGAUGAUGCCCGACGCCGGCGACUUCAAUACGCUCAAGCACAUCAGUCCCACGAGCCAGCUGCACUUUGCGCACGUCGGCCAGGAGGUGCAGCUGUCGAACGACAUCCGCAAGGUCUACACGGGCCCCGGCACGGCGCUGGCGAAGUUCACGCCGGUCAACAUUGUGACGCAUCUCGACCGCGGCGGCGUCGGACCCGAGGUCAAUCUGCCCGGUUACUUCUGGUUCCUCGAGCGCACGCCCGUCAUCAACCGCAUGAUUGCCCACCUGCCCGCGUCGUACUGGGACCGCCUGAGCAAGGUGCGCUCCGAGUACGACAUCGAGUACAUCGACUGGCACUGA